GCCGCCGGAGGCCGCUCGGAGCCGCGCGAACAUGGCCGAAGUCGGCGAGGACAGCGGCGCCCGCGCCCUGCUCGCGCUGCGCUCGGCGCCCUGCAGCCCAGUGCUGUGCGCCGCAGCCGCCGCCGCCGCCUUCCCCGCGGCCGCACCCCCGCCGGCCCCCGCGCAGCCCCAGCCUCCGCCCGGGCCGCCGCCGCCGCCGCCGCCGCCGCUGCCUCUGGGCGCGAUCGCGGGCGCGGGCUCCUCCGGGGGCUCCUCCGGGGUAUCCGGGGACUCCGGGGGCGCGGGCGCGGCGCCGGCCCUGGUGGCCGCGGCGGCCGCCUCGGUACGGCAGAGCCCGGGGCCGGCGCUGGCGCGGCUGGAGGGCCGCGAGUUCGAGUUCCUCAUGCGCCAGCCCAGCGUCACCAUCGGCCGCAACUCGUCUCAGGGCUCGGUGGACUUGAGCAUGGGCCUGUCCAGCUUCAUCUCGCGGCGCCACCUGCAGCUCAGCUUCCAGGAGCCGCACUUCUACCUGCGCUGCCUCGGCAAGAACGGCGUCUUCGUGGACGGGGCCUUCCAGAGACGCGGCGCGCCCGCCCUGCAGCUGCCCAAGCAGUGUACCUUCCGGUUUCCCAGCACGGCCAUCAAGAUCCAGUUCACGUCGCUCUACCACAAAGAAGAGGCCCCAGCCUCCCCGCUCCGGCCACUGUACCCACAGAUCUCCCCUCUGAAGAUCCACAUCCCGGAGCCGGACCUCCGGAGCAUGGUCAGCCCCGUCCCCUCCCCGACGGGCACCAUCAGCGUCCCCAACUCCUGCCCAGCCAGUCCACGCGGUGCCGGCUCCUCCAGUUACCGCUUUGUGCAGAACGUGACCUCGGAUCUGCAGCUGGCAGCAGAGUUUGCAGCAAAGGCCGCAUCGGAGCAGCAGGCAGACACGUCUGGAGGAGACAGCCCCAAGGAUGAGUCAAAGCCGCCGUUCUCCUACGCGCAGCUGAUCGUGCAGGCCAUCUCCUCCGCCCAGGACCGGCAGCUGACCCUGAGCGGGAUCUACGCCCACAUCACCAAGCAUUACCCCUACUACCGGACGGCCGACAAAGGCUGGCAGAAUUCUAUCCGGCACAACCUCUCUUUGAACCGUUACUUUAUCAAAGUCCCACGUUCCCAGGAGGAGCCUGGGAAGGGGUCUUUUUGGCGAAUAGACCCUGCCUCUGAAGCCAAGCUCGUGGAACAGGCAUUCCGGAAACGGAGGCAGAGGGGUGUCUCCUGCUUCCGCACCCCCUUCGGGCCUCUGUCCUCAAGGAGCGCUCCAGCUUCGCCCACACACCCCGGGCUGAUGUCCCCUCGCUCCAGCGGCCUGCAGACCCCAGAGUGCCUGUCUCGGGAGGGCUCCCCCAUUCCACACGACCCUGAGUUUGGGUCCAAGUUAGCUUCUGUCCCAGAGUACCGGUAUUCCCAAAGCGCACCCGGCUCCCCCGUCAGCGCCCAGCCAGUGAUCAUGGCCGUGCCUCCCCGACCGUCCAGCCUUGUGGCCAAGCCCGUGGCCUACAUGCCCGCCUCCAUCGUAACCUCACAGCAGCCCGCGGGCCACGCCAUCCACGUCGUGCAGCAGGCCCCCACCGUCACCAUGGUCAGGGUGGUCACCACAUCUGCCAACUCGGCCAACGGAUACAUCCUCACCAGCCAGGGCGCGGCGGGGGGCUCCCAUGAUGCGGCGGGGGCAGCCGUGCUGGACCUGGGCAGCGAGGCCAGAGGCCUGGAGGAGAAACCCACCAUUGCGUUUGCCACAAUCCCCGCGGCUGGUGGAGUCAUCCAGACGGUGGCCAGCCAGAUGGCCCCCGGGGUCCCCGGACACACAGUCACCAUCCUGCAGCCCGCCACACCCGUGACCCUCGGGCAGCACCACCUUCCAGUCCGGGCCGUGACUCAGAAUGGAAAGCAUGCGGUUCCCACGAACAGUUUAGCCGGCAACGCUUACGCCCUCACCAGCCCUUUGCAGCUCCUUGCGACCCAAGCAAGUUCAUCCGCGCCGGUGGUGGUCACCCGGGUGUGCGAGGUGGGGCCCAAGGAGCCAGCAGCAGCCGUCGCGGCCACGGCCACCACCACCCCAGCCACUGCCACCACCGCCUCUGCCUCCGCCUCUUCCAUUGGAGAGCCCGAGGUCAAAAGGUCCCGGGUGGAGGAGCCCAGUGGGGCUGUGACCACACCGGCCGGAGUGAUUGCAGCCGCCGGCCCCCAGGGGCCAGGCACCGGGGAGUGAGGUCACCUGCAACGCGGGGGAGUGGGACUCACCCAGCGGCAACCCCGAAGCUGGACCCGGCAGCUCAGGCGGCCGCACCCACAGAUGGAGGAGAACAGCCCGCGGCGGCCUGCGGGCAUCGGCGGCACCUGGACACACCCAGCCCUUUCCAUUUGAUCGCCUGCCUUCCCAUGGUUUAAAACAAAAACACAUAAACAAGUUCAGACAACUGA